CACAGUUCUGGUCUCAAAAAGUUCUACCACUGCUACAACAACCGUUUCAGUUUACCGAACGAGCAGUGCAAGACAACGCGAUGUCGUCCAUGAAGCUAGAACCCCAAACUGCGACAAGCCAGCAGUCAAACCCAUUCCUUGUGCCUGGCCUCAUCUCGGAAGCACCCGGUGAUACAGCGUUCGAGAUGAAUUCUUCUCCCGCGCCCGCUCCUUUGACUGCCAAUUAUUGUCAGCCACCUCCGCCGUUCAACGUGAACAGUAUGCAGGGGACUUCAGGAGGAUACAAUCCUGAGGCACUAUACCAGCCAGCUAACCAACAUCCGUCCUGGUACACUUCAACUCCUCCGCCCGACCCUCGCUUCGCCAUUUCGCGGCUUAUGAGUUCUUCGUCGGGGCCAUCUUCCGGAGCCCCUCUUCAGUUCCCUCUUACUCAGCAACGACGCAAGCGACGUAUCCUGUUUACGCAGGCACAGGUGUACGAGCUGGAACGGCGCUUCAAGCAACAGAAGUACUUAUCGGCCCCUGAACGGGAGCACCUUGCCAGCCUCAUUCAUUUGACGCCGACACAAGUGAAGAUCUGGUUCCAGAAUCAUCGCUACAAGUGCAAACGGCAAGCUAAAGAAAAGGCCAUGUCCGAAUCACACCACUCGCCUCGGAAAGUGGCUGUCCCUGUGCUUGUCAAAGAUGGAAAGCCCUGUUCACCUGAUAUGAUGCAUGAUUCGUCCUCGCCAGAUAACAUUCAUCAACAAAUGAUGUCGUGCUAUCCCCACGAUCCACAAACGCAAGCUCAACUUCAUUCGCAGCUGUUGCAACAUCAGCAAACACAUCCUUACCCACAUCCGCAGGCGCAGGACACAGGCCACGGACACUUACCCCCAAAUCAUCCUUAUUUACACCUUCAAAGCAGGUGGUAGAAUUCUGUCAUUAGCCCUGUGUUAAGAUAAGCUACAGCUGAACACAUGACAAAUCUGCGUAAAUCUCUAGCGAUAAGAUAAGAUCUACAGCACAAAAAAAAGUACUACAGCUUAAUCUUAGCCAAAAGGCUGAGAACAGAACAAACAACGUACCACGAUUGACACUACCAAUGGACAACAUCAUGUCGAUCACCCGGUAGGACAUAGAUUAGUAAUCCUGUCCUGGCCAAUAUUAGUUUAAUUACGAUUAAAGGUUGUUUUGUUGUGGGGAUCCUCACGACCGUAUGUCAGUAUCGUUUUCAUUCGAAGCUCAGUGGCACUUUUGCCGUAACAUUAAUAUAAUUUUAGCCUUUAUUA